AUGGAUUUGGACGCUGGAGACUCCCCGUGGGGCGAUGUCCCUUCGCAAUCGAGUGCAAACAUUGGCACCUCGAACCCUGACACUGAAGAAACAAACACAGAACAACCCCAGCAGACCGGUUCAAGCUCCUCAGGUCGACGAAACCCACGAGUCAACCGACGAAUCAAUGCGCAAGCGACGAAACUAGAAGCUGUUGGUGAUGAAAUUGAUCCACUCGGUCCGCUUGGGAAUACGGCCGUUGAGAGCGGACCUUCGCCUAUCGAACAAGCACCUGAGCCCCCUCAAAAGGAAUUCGCAGCGCGCAAUGCCCGUCCUACAUCAUCGACGUCACAAGCAUCUAGUCUCGCUGGAAUGGUAGAUUCGGUGACCCUGGAAGAGAAUGGUGCUGGUUAUAGGAACCCUCCGCCAGUGCAACCCCCGGCUGAGGCAGAGGGGGCAAAGAGACCAUCACAACCCAGCGUCAGCAUAGAGGAGGCUGCUAAGCCAACGUUUGAAAUUGUGGUGGGGGAUCCGCAUAAAGUUGGAGAUUUGACAGGCAGUCACAUUGUGUAUCAAGUCCGGACCCAGACAACCUCCAAAGCCUACCGGCAGCCAGAAUUUGCCGUUAGUCGUCGAUACCGCGAUUUCCUGUGGCUUUACAAUUCACUACAUAAUAAUAACCCCGGUGUCGUUGUGCCUCCGCCUCCGGAAAAGCAAGCUGUCGGUAGAUUUGACACGAAUUUUGUCGAGUCAAGAAGGGCUGCACUGGAGCGCAUGCUCAACAAAAUUGCUGCACACCCUAUCCUGCAACACGAUGGCGACCUCAAGAUCUUCCUAGAAAGCGAGACCUUCAGCAUUGAUGUCAAGAACAAGGAGAACCGAGAGCCGGACCUUGGUCAAAACAAGGGCAUGUUUAGCUCAUUUGGAAUCAACGUUGGCGGAGGCACCAAGUUUGUCGAGCAUGACGAUUGGUUCCACGAUCGCAAGAUCUACUUGGAUGCGUUAGAAAACCAAUUAAAGUCGUUAAUGAAAUCUAUCGACACAGUAGUUGCGCAGCGGAAAGGCCUUGCGGAAGCAGCUGGCGAUUUCUCCGCCUCGCUCCAUGCCCUGGCAACUGUUGAAUUGUCACCAGCGCUUUCGACUCCUCUGGAUGGGCUGUCAGACUUGCAAUUGCGCAUCCGGGAAUUAUACGAGCGACAGGCAAUGCAGGACGUUCUUACGCUCGGUAUCACAAUUGACGAAUACAUCCGCUUAAUUGGAAGUGUCAAGACCGCCUUUAAUCAACGUCAGAAAUCGUAUCAUAGCUGGCAUGCAGCCGAAUCGGAAAUGACAAAGCGAAGGCAUACCCAGGAGAAGCUCCUUCGGCAAGGGAAGACGCAGCAGGACCGUUUGAACCAAGUUAACGCGGAUGUGGCCGAUGCGGAACGAAAGGUGCACCAGGCAAAACUGCUGUUCGAGGACAUGGGUAAACUGAUGCGGAACGAACUGCAACGAUUCGAAAAGGAGAAGGUAGAGGACUUUAAGUCUGGUGUUGAGACGUUCUUAGAAAGUGCUGUUGAGGCACAAAAAGAGUUAAUCGAGCUCUGGGAGACCUUCCUCCUGCAACUGGAUGUGGGCGAUGAAGGCAAUCCUCUCUUCUCACCACAAGCUCCUAGUAACGAACCUGCUGCUGAAACGACUGCAAGUGCCGAGGCGAUCACGGCCAGCGAGGGAGCUUAG